AUGGCCACAUCGAACGCGAACGCGAAUUCAACGGCAGGCGGCGUCAAAGGCGGAAUUUCGGCUUCUCCCUUUGAUUCCUCACGGGGCCGCUUUUCGGGCACAACGGCUUCGCUCGAUUCGACUACGGCAGACAAGCGCCAUCGAGCCAGAGCGAACGAGCAGGCUGACGAGUCGGUUCGAGGCUCGCUGAGCCCGAAGUGUGUGCUCUUCUCGCGGGCGCUGCUUGCCGGCUGCGGGCUCGCGGGCUUUGGCACCGGCUCGGAUUUUCUGGGUCGAGCCCAACCGAAACGCCCACCAACCAUGGUCGCUGUAUGCCGUCACUGGACUUGCUGCCGCUCUGCCGUGGCUCCUGCCGUCGCUCUGGCUCGCUCAGCUGCAAGUGGGCUGAGCUCAGCUUAUUGUCCGCUAGCACUGUAUGCUUCCACCUCGGCUUGGAUGCAGCUCCGCGCCACUCACCUGUCACAACGUGAUCACAGUCGGAUCGACGGCAGACUCUCGCCAAGCACAGCCGUACCGCCUGAUGCAAUGCUCCCGCUCAGCUCCGGUUUCCGCUGUCGCUCUGCAGCCUCGGCAGCGAACUUCGCUUGCCACUUUACACCGACCAGGGCUCCCGUGGUGGGCAACCGGCGACGUAUUCGCGUAGUGCCUACGUGCCACCAGCCUAGUCGACGGCAGAAGCAACUUCAGAUCGAGCAGCAUCCAUGUUGCCAUCAGCCGCUCACUCUGCGUGCAAUCUGGGCCCGGACUCUCAGUCCUCCUUUGACCAUUCCAUCAGCCGUCGUCCCCUUCCAAGCUCAUCUCUCCGUAUCCACAUCUUCCUUCCCUUUCCUCGGCCGUUUCUCACCUGGGACCUCACAUACACUCGCCAUCAUGGAUAUCCUCGAGCUCGUUCACGAAGAUCAGCGCAAGGAGAGCAGGCCGUUCGACUGCCAGCACCCUGGCUGUCCCAAGGCAUUCUCGAGACGUUCUGACCUGGCUCGGCACGCUCGCAUCCACAGUCAGGAGCGUCCCUUCAGCUGCCACUUUCGCAGCUGCGGCAAAACCUUCAUCCAACGCUCCGCCCUCACCGUCCAUAUCCGCGUCCACACGGGCGAGCGUCCGCAUGUCUGCGAGUCGUGCAGCAAGGCAUUCUCGGAUUCGAGCUCGCUCGCACGCCACAGGAGGAUCCACACCGGUCGACGCCCAUACAAUUGUCUAGUGCCAGGCUGUGGAAAGUCCUUCUGCCGCAAGACUACACUCACCAAGCACACGCGCCGCAACCAUGCUGACGCCGAAGGCACAUACAUGGGCACCGGCCGCACAGCGAGCAUCCUCAGCAACUCGUUCUCGGUCGCGCGCAGUGCACUUCCGCCGCACGCACGCUCCACAUUCCCGCAAGGACUUGAGCACCACUACCUCGCCGGCGUCAAGCUCGAGGGUGAUGGUGCUCGCGGCGGUCACGCGUACGGCUACGCCAUGCCGCACGGGGAGUACGCGACAACGUCGUACAGCGCGCCUCCGAUGUCGUCGUGCGCUUCGUCCAACACGAGCUCGGAUGGAUUUGACCUGACGCGCCGAUCGAGCCUCGUCAUGUCGAACUGCAUGACUGGCAGCUCGAUGGCCAGCUUCUGCAGUCCGGAAGGCACCAUGGCUCGCGUCUGCUCGACGCCCAACACGCUCACGCCGGCGUCGGAGAUGUCGCACUUCCCGCGCACGCCCGACCACCGCGACUCGCAUGCGUUCGAUGCGCACAUGUCGGCGCGACCGCACUUUGAGCAUGUGUCGGUGGCCAACAUGGCGUAUGGCGAGCCGCAUGGCCCUUCGAGCUUUGGCAGCUCGAUGAUGCCGGCGCCCGCGUCGUUCUCGGUGCUGUCGAAUGGCUGUGUCAUCACCAGCCAAUCGAACGGCAACAUUGACCCGGGCCUCUGGGAGGGCGAGUGCGCGCCUGCCUCGAGCAUGGGGUCUCACUUUUACGCCAACGAAUCGACUAUGCAGUUGCAGCAGAUGCAGUCGUUCCAGCCUCACCACGCCGCACGCUCCGCGCCGUACAUGCUCCGAUCCGCCACCCAGCCCAACCCGAUCCCCUCGUCGAGCUAG